AUGGGGAGCCUGGAGGGUGAAACACCAUCCCCAUCCUCAUCCCCACCAGAGCCGGGCUCGGGCAGUUUUGCUCUAAACAGGCGGUUCCAGCGGUGGCACAGCUGUGGAUUCCUCCUCGUCUUCAGCUGCCUGGUGCUGUCGGUCUUCUCCACCAUCCAGGAGCACCAGAAACUGGCCAACGAGUGCCUCUUCAUCCUGGAGUUCGUCAUGAUCGUGGUGUUUGGCAUGGAGUACAUCAUCCGCGUCUGGUCCGCCGGCUGCUGCUGCCGCUACCGGGGCUGGCGGGGACGGUUCCGCUUCGCCAGGAAACCCUUCUGCGUUAUAGAUUUCAUCGUCUUCGUGGCCUCGGUGGCCAUCAUCGCCGCCGGCACCCAGGGCAACAUCUUCGCCACGUCCGCGCUGCGGAGCAUGCGCUUCCUGCAGAUCCUGCGCAUGGUGCGCAUGGACCGCCGCGGCGGCACCUGGAAGCUGCUGGGCUCCGUCGUCUACGCCCACAGCAAGGAGCUCAUCACCGCCUGGUACAUCGGCUUCCUCGUGCUCAUCUUCGCCUCCUUCCUCGUCUACCUGGCCGAGAAAGACGCCAACGUGCAGUUCGCCACCUACGCCGACUCGCUGUGGUGGGGCACGGUCACGCUCACCACCAUCGGCUACGGGGACAAGGCGCCGCAGACGUGGCUGGGCCGGAUGCUGGCUGCCGGCUUCGCCCUGCUCGGCAUCUCCUUCUUCGCCCUGCCUGCCGGGAUCCUGGGCUCCGGCUUCGCCCUCAAAGUGCAGGAGCAGCACCGGCAGAAGCACUUCGAGAAGAGGAGGACUCCGGCGGCAAACCUGAUCCAGGCUGCCUGGCGCCUGUACUCCACCGACGUCAGCCGGGCGUACCUGACGGCCACGUGGUGUUACUACGACAGCCUGCUGCCCACCUUCAGAGAGCUGGUACUUAUGUUUGAGCACUUGCACCGAGUUCGCAACGGAGGAUUUAGGAACUCAGAGGUGAAAAAAUUGCCUGACAGAGCCCCACCAACUUACCUCUCCUUCACCCCUGCCCAGAAAAGCCUGGCCACGUGUUCAGGGGAAAGCAACAAGAUGGGGCUCAAGGAGCGGAUCUGGCUGAGCAGCUCCCAGCGGCAGGGCAGCCGCGGCCGCCAGCAGCUGGGGCCCCCUCUGCACCGCUCCCCCAGCACCGAGGACGUGCCCGAGGCCACCAGCCCCACCAAGGUGCAGAAGAGCUGGAGCUUCAACGACCGCACCCGCUUCCGCGCCUCCCUGAGGCUCAAGCCGCGGACCCCGGUUGAGGCCGACUGCCCUCCGGAGGACAGUGGUGAGGAGAAGGGCUCCCACUGCGACCUGACCUUCGAGGACAUCAUGCCAGCGGUGAAGACCCUCAUCCGGGCUGUCAGGAUCCUGAAGUUCCUGGUGGCCAAGAGGAAGUUCAAGGAGACGCUGCGUCCCUACGACGUCAAGGACGUCAUCGAGCAGUACUCGGCCGGGCACCUGGACAUGCUGGGCAGGAUCAAGAGCCUGCAGACACGCGUGGACCAGAUCAUGGGCAGGGGGGCCCUGGCUGUGGACAAGAAGGUGAGGGAGAAGGGGGAGAAGCCGGUGCUGGAGAUGGAGCUGGUGGACGAGCUCAGCAUGAUGGGGCGCGUGGUCAAAGUGGAGCGGCAGGUGCAAUCCAUCGAGCACAAGCUGGACCUGCUGCUCGGCCUCUACUCCCAGUGCCUCCGCAAGGGCUCCACGAACUCCUUCAGCCUGGCAGCCGUGCGGGUGCCGCCCUGCGAGCCCGACAUCACCUCCGACUACCACAGCCCCGUGGACCACGAGGACAUCUCAGCCUCCGCCCAGACCCUCAACAUCUCCAGGUCGGCCAGCGCCAACAUGGACUGAGUGGGAGGCAGUGGGAUGGAUCCUCCCAUGCGGGAUGGGGUGCCGGGAAUGCUGUGGCACCACCGGCCCUGCCCAGCCCCGGCCCUUGCCGUGUCAUUUGAGCCAAGUCUUCCUCUGCGGGGGCACGGCUGCAAUGGGGUGCCCGCUCUGGGGGCGCAGUGGGAGCCCAUGGCAUGGCCAGACCACGCUCUUGGGAUGCUCCUGCCCUUCCUGGGGCAUGAAACCCCCCCCCCCCCAGCUCCUGAGGCCCUGAGUGCUCCCCAGCCAAGGCGGGGAAUGCUCCAAGCUGGCCCAGUCUCCUGGGGUUUGGCUCGUACCCCAGUCCCAGCUCUCAGGACAUGUCCAGCUCCCCAGUGGGGUCCUGCCUGGUCCCCCCCGGAACUGAGCUGGGAUCACCACCAGCUAUGCAAGGUCCCACCUCCCUUCUGCUGCCGGUGCCGAGCGGGGCUGUGGGGGCACAGCCCUGUGUGGUUUGACCUGCAUCGCUCGGGGUCAGGGCAGCAGCAGGGCCCCCCCUGUUUGGGGAGUGGGGGUCUGUCCCCCCUCACCGGGCUGCACCUUUCUAGAAGCACAGCAGAGCCUUCUGCCUGCCCGUGCAUGCUCCCAGGGCAAUAUAUAUAUAGAAGAUAUAUAUAUAUAAAUAUUUAUGCAAUAAUGUCUUAAUAUGCAACACCCCCGGGAAGAGCAACCUGAGGGGACAUAGGCAAUAAGCAACCCCCGUGCCAGCUCACAGGGCUGGAUCCUGCUGCCUGUGGGGGCCCUGGAGGUCCUGGGGGCUUGGGGCCAGGUGAAAAACCUUCCCCCAAGGGUGGCCCUGGAGCUGUGAAGCUGGGCAGGGGCUGUGGAGGAGGCAGGGAUGCAGGUACAGGCGCUGUCCCCAAGGAGCAUCCCUCCCUCUCCUGCUCUUGCUUAGAGGAUUCCCUCCCUGCCGGGUCCUGCGGUGCUCAGUUUGUCCCUCCCCGUGUCCCUGUCCCCUCCGUGGUCCGGGGAGCAUGGGCCGGGCCUGGGGGGGUGACUGCCUGGUGGGGACAGGGGGAUCUCCUUGCAUGUCACCUGCAGCAGAGCCACAGCAGCUGCUGUGCUGCUCCAGUCCCAGUCCCGGGGCUGGUUUCCAGUCUGGCAGCGCUGGGCUGAGCCAGGCUGGAAGCGAUUGUGGUCGUGCCAAAGUUUGCCAGGCUGGAGCUGGCGGCAGCUCCUGCCCAGCCGGGGGUCCUGGGGGGGUGACACCCGCGGUGAGGGAUCUGCCCUGGGCUGGCAGGAUCCCAUCGAUCCCCUCGCUGCCAGUGCAGCCCCUCUCUGGGAUUCAGACCUUUGCAUCCUUGCCCGGCUGUGCCUCUGCUCCUGAGAGUGGGGACCCCCGGCCCUGCUCGUUUUCCGGCCCCCUUAGUGCAUGUGGCCAGCACGGGCCGUGCCAGAGCUGCUUGCAGCCCCCCCACCUUGCUCCUGCACCGCCCUGGCCCCCUCCCCUCGCCCCGGG